AUGUUACUUUUUCAAUCCAUAGUUCUUGUUUCAAUUUUAUUAACAACAAACGCUCAAUGGUAUAUUAAAAAAAACUAUCGAAACAAAUUUAUGAAUUAUCCAAAUCCGGGGAAAAGAAGUUUACCUGAAGAAAAAUCAAUUUUUACGGAAACGGAUUGCGAAACGUCAUAUUCCCAAUCGUAUUCACAUGAACAAAGAGCUGCAUGGGCUUUUCUUUGUGGUCAUAAGAAAUCAUCAUUGAAAGCUAACGGGCAUUCAGAUGAAUUGGACUUCGAAUUCGCUUCUAAACCGAAACUCGCCUUACGAACAAAACAACAAUCUCAAGAUGCUGUAUUACCCGAUUAUCAAGACUAUGAAAAUUCAUUCAAUAAGUACAUUUUGAAACUUGCACGACGUGUAAUUAAAAGCUAA